GGAAGAAUGAACUGAAUUAUCAACCAGCUGCCAUGUGUUCUCAUUGUUUAAGCCCCUUAAGCAUGGGAACUGUGGCAGCAGCUGCAGAUGGUCAGAGUGAUCUUUCUCAGACUCAAAGACUGCAUUCUGUUUCUAUUAGCAUGCCAUCUACUCCUGCGGGAAAUCAUUCCUCAAAUGCGAAAAAAGUACUCUUCAAUGAUAGUAAUGAAAUAAUUUUCAGCAAUGACGUUUCAAAUUCUGCUGCUUCAACCAAUUAUGGUGGUGCUGCAGAACUAAAAACCACAAAGUUUCAUUCUCAGCCAAUGCCAACAGGUUCAACAUCUGAUGAGGUUGUCGCAAAUGGCAAAUUUCCAAGCCAUCCAGAAGGUCCCCUUAGGAAUCCUGCAAUUAACGGACUAAAGGAUAAAAGAUUUGACUUUCAAACUUGGUCUGGGAAGCUUGAGAGGCAAAUAUCCAAUUUACGUGGAAAGAACAGGGAAGAUACACAUGAUUCCAAUCCGCAAGAGAAUAUAGAAGUGGAGAGUUUACCUGUGGACCGGUACUUUGAUGCCUUGCAGGGGCCUGAACUUGAUACACUACGGCCUUCUGAGGAGAUAAUUCUUCCUGAAGAUGAGCAGUGGCCCUUUCUUCUUCGCUACUCAAUCUCUUCAUUUGGUAUCUGUCUUGGUGUUAGCAGCCAAGCCAUUAUGUGGAAAGCCCUUGCAACGUCUGCUUCCACAAAAUUUCUGCACAUAAAGCCCGAUGUAAACCUAGCUUUGUGGUGCAUAUCGUUGCUCUUGUUAGUAAUCGUCUCUUCCAUUUACUUUCUGAAAGUGAUUUUCUACUUUGAAGCAGUUCGGCGAGAAUACUAUCACCCGAUCCGUAUCAAUUUCUUCUUUGCUCCAUGGAUAGCACUUCUUUUUUUAGCUCUAGGAGUUCCACCAUCAAUUUCUGAAAAGCUCCAUGCAACUCUAUGGUACAUUCUUAUGUUUCCAAUCUUUUGUCUUGAGCUAAAAAUUUAUGGACAAUGGAUGUCAGGAGGAAAGAGGAGGCUUUCAAAGGUGGCCAAUCCUUCAAAUCAUCUCUCAGUUGUUGGAAAUUUUGUUGGGGCAUUGCUUGGCGCAUCCAUGGCUAAAGAAGGGCCUAUUUUCUUCUUUGCUAUUGGAUUGGCUCAUUACAUGGUCUUAUUUGUCACUCUCUACCAAAGACUUCCAACAAAUGAGACACUUCCAAAGGAGCUUCACCCAGUAUUCUUUUUGUGUGCAGCACCUAGUGUUGCUUCUAUGGCGUGGGCAAACAUUCAGGGAUCCUUUGAUUAUGGAUCACGGAUUGCUUACUUCAUUGCUAUGUUCCUCUAUUUCUCGCUGGCUGUUCGCAUUAACUUUUUCCGAGGCUUCAGGUUUUCUUUGGCAUGGUGGGCGUACACUUUUCCAAUGACUGGAGCUGCCAUUGCCACAAUCAGGUAUUCAAAUGUGGUAACCAAUGUAGUGACAAAAUGUUUAACUGUGAUACUAUGUGUUACUGCAACACUCACAGUAACUGCACUGCUCGUAACAACAAUCAUCCAUGCUUUCGUGCUUAGAAACCUCUUUCCCAAUGACAUUGCCAUUGCAAUUAGUCAAGGAAAGCCUAAAACAACUCGACGAUGGUUUCAUAGAAGAUCUGGCAGCUCUGAUACUACUAUUAAACAUAUUGAACACUACCUCAAGUUUGCAGAUUCAGAAGAAAAAGAUAUUGAAGCUUCUAAUGAGUCGGCAGGAAAAGUUUGAACUUCUGGCAUAAAAAGAAGUCUACAAUAUUCAGUACUUCAUCAGUUUUACAGGUCCUGAAGUACUUACAAACAGUCUAUCAAGGGAGGAGCAGUAAAUCUUGAAGUCCCGAUGAACUUGAUGUACAACUUUAUCAAUAUGGUUUAUGUAGCAAGGAGAGAUCAAGGAAAAUUUUCCACUUUCUUUGAGCUGUAAAUUGUUGUAUUAGAAACUCUGAAAGUCUGAACAGUUGGAUAUCUUUCUGAAUAAACUAAAUUUUUAGCAUGGAUAAGAGUAAUAAUUUAGUCUGUUAGUCACUUAGUCGUUGGAUGAGUCUGUAUCCCAUAGAACAUUGUAAAUUGGCUGCGGGAGUAACCUAGCCAUUGGAUGCC